AUGCCUUCAAAUCGGUGUAUGGUCAUUGGAUGUGAUACUACGCACGACAAUAAAAGUAUUCUUAGACAUCGCUUCCCGAAGAAUAAGGAAACUUGUGACAUAUGGGUUGAAAGAACUGGAAACAAUAAACUAUUAAACAAAACUAUUCAACAAAUUUUUCAAUCUUAUGUCAUGUGUGAUAAACAUUUUGAUGAUAGUUGUAAGAGCCCUGGUUUUAAGAAACUCGUUGUUGGUUCAAUUCCAACUCUUAAUCUACCAGAUUCUUGCAAUAUGUCAGUUUCUGAAACAGCAGAUACCUUUGAUUCAACAGCUGUAAUGGAUAAUGAUGCACCUAUUUAUGAAUAUUGUAACAUGACCGAUAUGUCAGUUACUGAAACUUCAGACCUGUUAAAUUCAACACCUGUAAUGGACAAUGAUGCAUCAACUUAUGAAUAUUGUAACAUUAGCGAUAUGUCAGUUACUGAAACUCCAGACCCGUCAACUUCAACAAUUGUAAUUCACAAUGAUGUAACUACUCCAAAUUGCAGAGAAAUACCAAUGAAACCUAAAAAUUUGUUCAAUAAUGCCAAAGGUACCUUAGAGGAAAUAAACACAACUCGUGUUAAUGCUCUAACUCCUCGGAAGUCAUUGCUGUAUCAUGCUUCUCAAAGAUACAGACAAAGAAAUUCAGUUCUGCGACAACGUUCUUUAAAUGUAAAACAACGUAUUUUAAAAGCUGAAAGAUAUAUGCAAACAAAUAUAAAAUCAAUGGAUAAAUUAAAUACAUUUACACAAAAUUUUAUUCAAUCACAAAUACGUAUGCAAGCUCAAAAACCUCGUGGUCGACGUUUUACUACCGAUGACAAAGUAUUUGCUUUAUCUCUUUACAAACAAAGUGGUAAAGCAUACAAAGUACUUUCAAAAAUGUUUGCAUUACCUUCACGCAAAUGCAUUUUAGAUUUGUUAAAGAAGAUUCCAUUUGAAGCUGGUAUAAACAAACGAAUUUUUGAACAUCUCAAGACUGCUGUACGGAAAAUAAAACAUAAACUUGAUCGCUAUUGUUCAGUGAUUUUUGAUGAAGUAUCACUUUCAGCGUCCUUGCAGUAUCUAGAGCAAUAUGAUAAAGUGAUUGGGUUUAAAGAUUUUGGUGGUCAAAAUCGAUCAUCCGAUUUUGCAGAUAAAGCUUUGGUUUUUAUGGUCAGAGGAUCACGUAAAAAGUUCAAGCAGCCAGUUGCGUUUUAUUUGACUAAUGGUAACAUGAACAGUUCAAAUUUAUCAAUAAUUAUCAAAGAAGUUAUUAAAGCAGUUCAGUCAACAGGACUUAAAGUAGUAUCUACCAUUUGUGAUCAAGCUCCUACAAAUGUUGCAGCAAUUAACCGAUUACUUAAAGAAACAAAUGAGAAGUAUGCAACAGAAGAUAAAGAAGGUCGAAGAUUUGGUUUUGAAAUAGGAACUCAAGAAAUUAUACCUCUCUAUGAUGUACCACAUUUGUUGAAAGGUCUACGAAAUAAUUUAGUUUCAAAAGAUCUUAAUUUCACAUAUGAUGAUAAGCAGAUGAUUGCAUCAUGGAAACAUGUCAUUGAAUUUUAUGAACUAGACAAGAACCAAAGUACUGGAGGGGAUCGUCUAGCCCCAAAGCUUACAGAUAACCAUAUUUAUCCUCAAAAAAUGAAAAAAAUGAAAGUUUCAUGUGCUGCUCAAGUAUUUAGCCAAAGAGUCGGUGCCAUUAUGAAAAGGUUGCCUGUGUUGUUGAAUACAUCAAACAAUCAGAGUGUAGAGAAAAAAGUUCAAUCUACUGUAGAAGAUACCGGACACUUGUGUUUAUUCAUAGAUAACUUAUUCGAUAGUGCCAAUGGCAAUGCAAUUAAACCAGUUGCUGGAAAAGAAUUGCGAAGUGCAGUUACUUUAAAUUCUGUACAUUGGGACUUCUGGCGUAAAGCUUUAAUUGUUUUACAAAGUAUGCAGUAUGAGACAAAAACCAGAAAAGUAAUUCCUUCUGUUGUAAACUGGAUUAAAACUAUUAAAGGAUUACAAGUACUUUGCAAAAGGCUUCUUAAUGAUGGGUUCAAAUACGUACUGUUAAGAAAUUUUAACCAGGAUCCAAUUGAAAACUUUUUUGGUUCGAUCAGAAGCCAUGGUGUACGUAAUAUUAAACCAACAUGUGCCAAUUUUAUAACCUCAUUCAAGGCACUAGUUAUUAAUAAUUUUACUUCAAAUCAUUCAUUUGGGUCCAACUGUGAAAAUGACGACUGUGAUGGAGCAUUAGACAACUUGAAGGAAUUUAUAUUCAAUGACAUUCCGAUUGAUGACACUAAUUUAGUGGACGACGAAUUCAAUUCAAUUACUUUGAAGACUCCAGUUCAAGAAUUUCGACCUUAUCAUAUACUGAAUUCAAAUAGCAGAGCCUAUGUUACUGGUUGGGUCAUCAAAAAAAUUAAAAAGCUCACAAAAAAUUGUAAUUGUUGCAUGAAAAUUAUAACAUCUGACCAAAUAUUAAAAGAACAUAUGGUGAUAGAAACUCGUCAAUAUGACAACUGCAACUUGAGUUAUCCAAAUGAUGUGGCAAUGGAUAUUUUUAAUUAUUUAAUAGAAAUGUUUAAUCUCAAUUUUGAUAAAUUUGUAUACAAGUGUAAUUCUAAGGCGUCUUAUAACUAUUUAAUUUCAUAUUUUAUACCACCUAAUUAUUUCACUUGUCCAGAACAUGAUUUAUUUAAUAUAUUUUUGAAGACUGCUACUAAUCUUCUAAUUUAUUCUUAUAUAACUCACAUAAAUAGAAUACUGACUAAAGGUGAAAAAUCUGUAACAUCUGAUCAGAUAAAAAAUAAUGCUAUGGUGUACCACGAUAAAUAUGCAAAAAAGAAAAAUGUAUUAUUAAGACAAAAUGUAAAUUAUGUAUAG